AUGGGCAAGGACAUGGAUCCUAGUGGAGGUCCCUCGAGGAUGAAUAUGGAUAUUGACCUGGAGAUGGGGGUGCGAGAUGAGAAACACUCCCUUCCAAAACUUAUCACAAUCAACAUCUACUGCUCGACUGCCAUUGGCAUCGUAAAGUUGACCAAACGCUUCGCGACAACUACCAUUUCAAUAUCUAAUUCCCAAAUCUACAACAACUCAACUUCGGUUAUGCCUGCUCCAUCAAUGUCUAACCCACAGUCGCUAGACUCGGCCGCCUUUAUCUGGAACUACAAUCUCCCUCCCGCGCGCCUCGUACCGAUUCAGUACGGUUCUUCAUGGGCUGGCCGCUCAGGGUCUCCCUCAUGGACUGGAUGUACUUCAUCGGCGACCAUUCCCUCCAACCUCCACGCCUGCAGCGAGUCGCGUGAUGAGGCCCUCAAGUACUACGGCCUUGGCUUCGGCUUUGCUCGUGGUCCUGGUCAGAUCUUCCUCGACCCGGAACAUGAUAUCCUUUACUUUGGCCCUCGCGAUGGUUACAUGGCCGCAGACUCCCAAUUCCAAACGAUCAUGUCCAUGUGCGAUCCAGAGGAACUCGCUCUUGUUCGCCGUCUCGCCAUUAACGAUGCUUUAUUCUGGGUCGACGAUUCAUAUCGCUCCAUGACUGCGGCCAGUCUCACUGUUGAGCUGCUCCGACGCAUCCAGGCCCGCAUGCCUGGUGUCGAAGAGAUCAUCUUUGUUCCUCGCCCGGAGCAGUCGCGGGGCCCGGAAACCUACAUUGAGCCCAGCAUGGUUUACAUGCGCAUGGCCCACCAGAUCCAGACUGCCCUUGCGACCCUGUGCGAGCAGACACCCGGCUGGACACCGCCAUGCUGGAGAAUAUUACCACUCAGCGCUUUCCAGAGCGUUGGCGCCGCUUAA